AGAAAUGUUAAUGCUCAGGUGGAGAUGUAGUUUUUAUGCGUAUACGUGUGGUUAUGUAGCAAUAUUAUCGUAUACGUAAUAAUUAGCUCCAGGAAUACUGAUCCGGAUGAGGGAUGAGUGUUUCUUUUUUGAGUUAUUAGAUUUUCGAAAGUGAAUUGUAUUGCACUUUUGAAGACAUAUAAACUUUUUAUGGGUGACAAUAAUAUCAUGAUUAUUUUACUAUUAUGCAGUGGCAGUUAGGAAGGUUAAACUUAAUUUGAAAUUUUAAAAACAAAUGAGUAAUGGCGUAGUUGCAGAUGUGAUUUGAUAAUCAAAUGCUUCAACCCACUAAGGAGUGCAUGAUGCACUCUCCAAUGUGCCUAGUUUGUAAUUUUCCUUACAAGAAAAGAUUAAAUAUCGUGAAAGUGAUUGUGUAUCUCGUGCGUACUGCGUAGAGUUUCGUGUUGACCAUGUUGCAGGGAACAUUGUAUUUGAGUUAGUGGGUAAGAGAAGUCUUCCUUUCCGAUUGUUGGUAUAACAAAAAAGAAAUGGCUGAAAAAGCUUGUGUGAAGCGCCUCCAAAAGGAGUAUCGAGCACUAUGUAAAGAACCAGUUUCCAAUGUGGUCGCACGCCCUCUGCCGAACGACAUUCUUGAUUGGCAUUAUGUGUUGGAGGGAAGUCAAGGAACUGCUUUUGCAGGUGGAUAUUACUAUGGAAAGAUAAAGUUUCCUCCAGAAUACCCUUUCAAACCUCCAGGAAUCAGUAUGACGACUCCAAAUGGACGCUUUAUGACACAAAAGAAGAUAUGCCUGUCUAUGAGUGAUUUUCAUCCUGAGAGUUGGAACCCUAUGUGGGGCGUCUCAAGCAUACUAACUGGGCUCCUUUCAUUCAUGCUGGACAAUAGUCCCACCACAGGCAGCGUCUCAACUACUGAUGAAGAAAAACGGAUGCUUGCAAAGGCUUCUCUGGCUUUUAAUUGUAAAAAUGCAACCUUUCGGAAACUAUUUCCCGAAUACGUAGAGAAAUACGAAGAGCAGCUAGCAGCCGAGCAACCUGCAAAUCAGGCAGAAAAACAAUCCGCCCAAGACAAGAAUUCCACUCUGACGAGACGUGGGCCCGCUGAAGAGCCAGUAAACGACCAACUCCCGAAAGAGUUGAAUAACAAUCAACUCCUGCAACAGAGGAGGAGAUCCAUCCCUACAUGGCUGCUCUUAUUGCUUGUUUCGAUUUUUGCGGCCAUGAUGGCCUUGCCUUUGCUCCAUCUUUAAUACAUGACCCGGGAAAAAAAAAAGGUGUGAAACUCGAAUUUUUAAAUUUUGAGUAGAUGUUACAAUUAGCAUCUUAUGAUGGUGGGAUCAUAUUAUAUUGUACUUUAUUGAAGUUUCCUUUUGUGCUCUUAGAUUGAAUGGUCGUAUACACCGUAAGGCAUUUCUGUAUAGUGGUGGUGCCUGAUGAAGGGAUUCUGCUUGAUGCCCCAAUUUGCACCAUUUGCGUUAUAUUUUUUUUCUUGAUUAGUCGAACUCGUGGAUUCCUUGUGUGUUGUUGAUUCAUGUGAUGGAUUAUGCCACUUGUUUAUAUUUGUUGCGACUUGCGAUGUUUUAUUUCAUUGGAUGAAUUGAUUAUCCUGAAGUGAAACACCUUGAUUAAUCCCUUCCAUUCAUUAUCAUAGAAAGUGCUUUUUGUCCAAACUAAAUGAUUGCUUAUGAAAUCAUGUUGCACCCAUUUUCUCUGGUCAAUUUAAAAUUUUUGCUUGUUGUGGGGGCAAAAUGUGGGAUAGGAGGAACAAUGCCCCUAAAUUAUGCUUCAUUUUAAAUCUCAGCUUAACCAUAA